GAUUUAAUUUAAAAAUUUAGUUCAAAUUCGUAAUAGGCCAACGGUUUUAACUACUGCCACAAUACACCAACUCAAACAAUGACUUUAUUGAGCUAUUUCAAUUAAUUUUAUUCAAUCUGCCUAAUGUUUUCAGUUGCAUAAACUCAAAAUAUAUUUCAUAUGGCUGAAGAUAGUCAGCUUCUUGUUAUAAUAUUUGAUGUGAAUCCAGUAUGGUGGGGCUUGAAAGCAUUACAAGGGAGAGCACAGAUAACAAGAUGCUUGGAUUGUUUGCUACUUUUUGUGAAUUCUUAUAUGAUGUUGCAUCAUGAAAAUAAACUGGCAGUCUUGGCCAGUCACACAUCUCAAACAAAAUAUUUAUAUCCCAAACGAGAGGAGUCAUCUCAAAAAAAAGAUGGCGAAAAUCACCAAAAAUUUACGGCCAUAAAUGACACAAUCAUUGAAGAGUUCAAAUCACUGAUGACUACAAAAUUAAAUGAAAGUAAUAUUCGAAGUGAUUCCCUAAUCGCAGGAUCUAUGACUGUUGCACUCUGCUAUAUCAACAAAUUACACAGGGAGUCACGAAUGGGAGAGAAAACAAGAUCUCGUAUACUUGUCAUCAAAGCUGCAGAUGAUGCCGCUGCUCAAUAUAUGAGUUUUAUGAAUGUAAUAUUCGCAGCACAAAAGCAUCAAAUUGUGAUCGAUUCCUGUGUGUUGGGGCAGGAUUCUGGUUUAUUACAACAAGCAUGUGACAUGACAGGGGUAUAUAUGAAGAUUCCUAAUCAAGAGUUUUUACAGUAUUUAUUGACUGCUUUUCUUGUCAAUCCCGAUCUUAGAAAACAAAGUUUAACUCUGACUUCAUCAACAGAAAAAAGAAGUGGUGUUGACUACAGAGCUGCUUGUUUUUGUCAUCGUAGUCUCGUCGAUGUCGGUUUUGUCUGUUCUGUAUGUUUGUCAAUAUUUUGUCAGUUUAGUCCUAUCUGCUCUACAUGUGAAACUGCUUUCAAACCACCUCCUUCGCUUGGACUGAAAAGUAAAAGGAAGAAACGGGCUGCUCACAAUGGCCGCUCUACAACAUGAUGCCCAAAAAGAUACACGGUGUCAUAAGAAAACAAAACCUAUGAAAUUCUAAAUUAUAUUUACGAAAAAAAUGAAAUUUAUUUAAACUUAACUUCUGUUUGUGUAUGAAUGUACCCAAAAGCCUCAGUGAUCUGGGACUGCACAAAAGUUUCUAGAAUAGAAAGGUUUUUUCUAGAAUAUGUUUUGAAGGACCUGGGUUCUGUUUUCUCUGGUCACCCUGUGUAUCACAUCAGUAUUUGUAUAAGCUACGUGUUAAGGAAUACCGGUAUGGCUUAUUGGAUGCAAGAUACCUGCAGUAUUCCAACUUACUAGAUAUUUCUAAGUGAUUUGCGAGUAAUUUUGUGGUUGGUUAACCUAUGUUAAACUUCAAUGACGUUUUCAUUCCUUGUACUUUGCAGCUUAAUUCUAUCACACAAUAGUUUCAAUACUUGUUGCAAUAUUUUAUUAUUUCAAAUAAACUGUUUAUGGCCAGGCUUUGAAUGGUUUGACAAUAAAUUUUUUCACCUCUCACUUAA